CAUCUCCAACCAAUCACGAAAUAUCAGUAGCAAAAUGAACGGAGAAAGCUGGUUAUUUAUUCUUGCGGUGAUAAUCAACGCCAUCAACUUGUUUUCACAAGUUUUCUUCACCAUCAUGUACUCCGACUUGGAGUGUGACUACAUCAACCCAAUUGAGUUGUGUAACAAGUUGAAUCCAUGGUUCAUUCCUGAAUCCGGUUUGCAUGCCUUCAUCACUACUUUGUUCUUGGUCAAUGGCUACUGGUUCCCCUUCUUGUUGAACCUCCCCUUGUUGGCCUACAACGUCAACAAGUUCCUCAACAAGAACCAUCUCUUGGAUGCUACCGAGAUUUUCAGAACCUUGUCCAAGCACAAGAAGGAGUCUUUCAUCAAGUUGGGUUUCCACUUGUUGUUGUUCUUCUUCUACUUGUACAGAAUGAUCAUGGCAUUGGUUUCCGACGAUGCCUAGAAACGGAUGUAGUUUCUAGGAACAUUGCAAAUCUGGUACGACCUUUCUUGUAGCUGAAAGUUAGAUGAUUGAAGAUUGUAAACUAUUAAGACAUCGAAACUUCUAGGGCUACGUAAGAUUUUGAGUUGUAAAGUCAUGAAAGUUUGCAAUGCCCUUGUUGUCUAAUUGCUUAAUGAUUAAAUCAUUGUUGUGUCCCAUCCUUGUUGAACGUUUCUGUUUACGUACAUAAUGUAGUUAAUUAGUUAAUUGUUAAUUAUUAUAAUAUUUGUUCUAUUGUCGUUAUCU